AUGGCAGAACCCCCGCCAGAGAGCUCUCACCCCCCACCUGGUACGCCCUUGAUCGACUCUACUCGAUCCUACGGCGACUCCAUGGAAGAUCCAGAUCCCCAAGCGACCCGGAAGCGACCGCGUCUUGAUAGUGGAAAUCGCGUGGGAGAGUCGUUGUCCAUUGACUCCUGCGCGACACCUCCGGCCGCACUUGCCUCGGAGAUGGAUGUCACUCCCGACUCAGCUCGCCCCAGCAAAGUUACGAUCAACGUGAAGUCUCCAACUACUGAUAUGACUUCCGAACCUAUUGAGUCCGCCCCUACCGAACCUCAAACUUUCACACCUGCCACCACCCCGCAACCUGCAACCACCGAAAACACCGACGCGACCCCCGACGUCAUCUUGAUAGCUUCCUCCCCUUCACAAAGUCCUGAAAUCGAGGUCGCGGAGCUGGAGGACAUGGAUCAGGACCCCAACACUUCACACUGGAGACCUAUUGAUGAGGCAUUGCGUGGUCAUGCCGCCUCGGACAUUGUCGAGGAUGAACCCUUGGCGCUGAUUGAUACCUUUCCCAAAUUGUACGAGGAUCAGGUAGCUCGGGACAAUCUACAGAGAAUUAUUAUGAUCAUGGAAAAGCAGGAAGUUCGCGAAACCGACAUACUCACAGUGGUCAAAGCCUGGUUCGAACAAGCUGCAAACAAUCUGGACUGCUUGCUCCUAUCAUCUGUCAUCGACGAUAUUGACUUCUGGGACCUUGUGCCAAAGUUAAUGGAAACUAUGCUUCGCAGAAAUGUCAUACUGCCCAUGGAUGCCGGACAUGGCGUGUUGACAACCCUCGAGGAGUUUCUUGUGGAUUAUGUCCGCAUCACGCAUCACUUGCUUCACAUGGACUGCAUGAACUUGCGCCAUGAGCUUGAUGAGCCCGAGAUGCAGGAUAGUGUGUCCCGUGCUUGGCUGAAUAAUCUUGCUUGGCUAUUACAAUAUUCAACUAUUCCCUUCUUCCGUGCCACGGAAAAUGUCUAUGGAACGGAGGUCAUUGACGUCGUGGCUCGAGUAAGGGCAAAAACAGUCGCCCUUGGUGUUUUCCAAGAGCUGGUAGAUUUUGCUUCUCUGAUUGCUGAGAAUGCCGCAAAGAAAUCUCACUGGGUUAAUGCCUUGGUUCCAUUCUUCCAUGUUGCAAAUAGCGCGAUCGACAGCUCCGUAGAACGGAGACAGAUCGUGACUGGAGAACUGACCGUCGACUCGCCAUUCAACACACCUCACUUGAAACUCCUCUAUGAUACUGUGCGCCUGAUUGAUGAGAAGUUCCAAGAAUCUAUCUCCAAGAAAUCCUCAUGGCUGACAAGCGAACUGGCUGAGCAACUUUUGCGUCAAACCCAACGCUGCUUAAACUUGCUUUAUGCCCGGGACAACGAAUUUGUCACACAAAUGUCAAGUGACCUCUCGAUUGAGCUUUCAGAUGAUAUUGAUGUUAGAGAUCAGCUUCUCAUCCUUGUGUGGGGGUGGAAAUUCCGAAUUUUGAAGAAGUACAUUAUGGAAGGUCGAAUGGAACUGCGAGCGCAUGGAGUGGAGACCAUGCAGUCGGACUUGGUUUCUAUUUGGAGGCAGCACCUCUCCGCCGACCCCAGUGGACUUGAGAUACCAUUCGUCAAAUAUCUGGUCCGCUUUAUCCUCGAUAAUAAGAUAGUGGAUUACCUCGUGGGUGUCGAUUCUCAUCCACAAUUGAUUAGCCGAUGCAGCAAUAUCGUUGGGUUUUUGAUUGUGACAUCGACCUACAACAAGUCCGUGACAGAUAUGAUCUGGGCAACUGUGACAGACAGCCAAGACAGCCGCAUCGUCUCCGAAGUCCUAGCUAUGCUCGUAAAAACUUUUUGGAUGCACGCGACUACAGCCCCGGAUGUGAUUUACAUCUGCGCCAAAGUGUUGGACCUACCGUUGGAUCGUUUUGAUGGGCGCAUGCUUGAAUUCUGCGACAGCAUGCUCAGCCGUAUCUCCGAAAGACCCCUUGAUCAUGACGCUGGUGAAUAUGUUGACGCAAUACCUCUGCGACUAUGCGUGCGCUUGAUUAGAGAGAGCACCGCAGCGGAGGAUAUGUCCGUUGAGCAAAAGAAACUGAUGCAAACCAAGGGUGCUAAGUACCUCGAACGGUUCAUCGAAGCUGGUAUCAGUGUGAAUGACAGAAUGGACAUGUAUGAACGCUGCAUUCAAGAUAUCGCCGAGAUGAACCAAUUCACUGCGGGAAGCAUUCAGGUGCUCUGUGCCCUUGUCCCGAUGAACGACUCGCAAGAGAUGAGGAAAUUGGCGGAGGAAUUCGACUUGACUCGUCUAGUGAUCAACGACCUCCUUCACACCGUGAAAGACGAUCAAGCCGACUUUGCCAACGCGUCCUCACACUAUGACCUUGAAUCACGUAUUGAAAUCUUGUACCGCCUCGUCGACAUGGCCCCAGAUACGGUCACCCCUGAACUUGGAAGCGCCUUCUGGAAUGAAAUUCUCUUGUCAAAUAAAUUGGGGCAUGAUGGACACAAGGCAGCCUGGAAAAUGAUGAGUGCCUUGAGCGGAAGUUCCAAAUCCAACCCGUUUCUGGAGCGCUGCAUUCACGAGUACCUGCCUGGAUUGUCGCCGAAGGAUUUCACACUCGAAGUCCUUUCCUUCGCAAAACAGUCCAUAAGUUAUGAGGUCCGCUUCAACCCACCACCCCCAGCAGGAGAUGAUGAAGUUAUCACCGUUCCCGGGAUGGAUCGGAUUUGGAACUUCAUCUUGACGGCCCUCCCCGGCACGAUCGAGACCGAGGCCACAGAAUUUGCCAUCGAGGUUUACCUAGAUCAUCGGAUUAUCCGCAAUUCCCCGCGAGGUGCAAUCGAAGCCACGCACAUUUCCGUUGUCAACCGUUGUAUUGAUCAACUAAAAUCCACCGCGGCAACGCUGAACACCCCGGAAAGCACAGUCAGGGACGAUACCUCGAUGGACAGCGUAACCUUGAGUGGGGAAUUAGAUGCCGAUGAACUCAAAUUUAGGCGGUCUCUUAUUUUCCUUCGGCAAUUCUUGUACGGCUUGAGAACUCGCCCAAUCUAUAGCCCCCCCAGAGGUUCACCUCCCAGCCUCCCAGAACGGCCAUUGAAAGGCAACCCGAUUGAUAUCUCUUGGCAAUCGUUCAACGGGAGCGCUGGCUCACCCAUCAAUACAUUACGGAUCGGUGAUCUGUCGACGGCAGCAGAACUGAUGGAAAGGCUCGUCCAGCUUACUGGAUUCUCCAAGUUGUUGGCCAUCUGGGGUGGUCAGCGCUUUGAUAUUCUAACAGACCCGGACAUCCUUGUGAAGGAUAUGAAACGCCACCCUGGUUUACUCAUUCUUCGCAAGGCACCAGAUGCUCAAGAAGUCUGUCAUGACAGCAAAAAUCAAUCUCUUACAACAGUCGACUCCGAGGUGCUCAAGCAUUUUGAUGAGAUCUAUGAGCUCUUGUCCCUCAAGGAUGACUUGGCCAGAGAAAUAUUCGAUUUUCUUAUUGUCUUUCCACCACAGCAACGAGUCUUGGCGCUUGUUAGUGCAGAAGAUAGUGACGAAAAGACACUGUUCCCACUUCGAACGCCUUUCGUGGCAUUUUAUUCCUUUAAUGCGCUAUUGACAUGUCUUCGCGCAGAAGAAAUCCAGGUGACACCCAAGCAAAGCUUUGUCUCGCAUAGCAUUGCGAUUUUGGUGAAGUUUUUGAUGUCACAUGAACUUUCAGAGUCUAUCAAACUCGAUCGGCUUCGAUUCGCCCUUGCCACGAAAGCCAUUGAAUGUCUUUUAUCUGCUCUUGCUGUCUAUCGCCCGGAUAAUGACGCCUCGGCAUUGAUUUCCGACCCGGCACCUUUUGUCCGGCGGUUGUUAGGCCUCAUUGAAACUGCACGCUCUCUGCCUGAAACGCCUAUGGCCGCUGCUGGCGUUCACAAGUUGAUAUGCGAUUGUUUUGCAUUCAUUAUUGAAGGCUCGAUUCGCGAUCACAAAUUUUGGGAGACAGUCAAACAAUUCGCCAGGUUUGAUCAGCUCAUGCUGGAUUUGCUUCUCAAGGAAUGCCGACAGACCAUCCGAAAUGAUGUUUCCGAAAGAAUAAAAAUGAUCUGCAGGCCUAAGUUGCUGAAGCAAUCUGGGAAGAUAACUGGCGACGGUUUGCAGACCCAGAAUCCUGCCGAGAGCCCUACUCGAAUUGACAUGCUUGCUACCAUUUGGGAUGCUUUGGUUGGCAUUAUUCCACAAACACCGGAUUAUGCUGGACAGUCUGCCGAAUUUUUCAAGGUCGUUCUCUGGGUGUUCCGCUCUGUUGCCGAAAAGUCCCCUCAAGAUGUGAUUCUCAGUCAUUAUCUCCGGGAAUGGACUGGAGUCAUGUUUCGCCAUCAACCCGAGGAGUUCGUUGGGCGUGAGAUUGUUGACGAGUUGAUUUUGGGGUUUGCUCUCCUGCUGGAGAGCUGCCUUGAGCUGGCCGAAUACGCCAUGGUCGAGCUGGAUACUUCUGAUCUUCCAGAGAAAAUUUUGAAUACCUAUCUUUUCCCAGACUUGUCGGACAUUGUCGAUAGCCCAAUCACGCCGCGGAUCCCUGUGAUGCACACAUUGACUCGUCAGAAACUAUACAACGUCAUCAAUCUAUUGUGCAAUCGAACUGAUGAGAAUCUCCACCGAACCAUGAGGGAGCUUGAAGAUGUUGUGCCUCGAGACGUUUCAUACGGCCCCAAUUCCAAUUAUGAGCGAUCAAAGAUGAUUCGAGCUCCAGAGGGGUAUGCCGGCCUAAAGAAUUUGUCUAACACUUGCUACCUGAACUCGUUGAUGACACAACUUUUCAUGAAUGUGGAAUUCCGGGAUUUCAUGCUCAGACUGCAGGUUGUGGAUGGGGAUUCAUCUCAAGUACUUCUAGAAGAAACCCAAAAGCUUUUUGCAUGGAUGCAGAAUACUUGGACAAAGAGCUUCGAUCCGCAGGCUUUUGUUGAGAGCAUCCGAACCUAUGACAACGAAGCCAUUGACGUUACCGUUCAGAUGGAUGUUGAUGAGUUUUACAAUCUCCUGUUCGAUCGUUGGGAGGCUCAAAUUGUUGACUCGAAAUGCAAAAAGAAGUUCAGAUCUUUCUACGGUGGUCAGUUGGUUCAGCAGAUCAAGUCUAAGGAGUGCUCACACAUUUCGGAAAGGUUGGAGCCAUUUUCCGCCAUCCAGUGUGACAUCAAGGGCAAGGCCAAUCUCGAAGAAAGCUUGCAGGCAUAUGUCGAGGGUGAGAUCAUGCAAGGAGAUAACAAAUACUCUUGCACUGCCUGUGGUCGCCAUGUCGAUGCUGUCAAGCGAGCCUGCCUAAAAGACGUGCCUGAUAAUCUCAUCUUUCACCUGAAAAGAUUUGAUUUCGAUAUGGUCUCAAUGACCCGAAGCAAGAUCAAUGACGAAUUCCAGUUCCCAGAUCGCAUCGAUAUGACGCCGUACAAUGUGGAAUAUUUAUCUGAUCCAGAAAUGCUUGCCGAGCCCGAUGUCUUUGAGUUGGUUGGUGUUUUGGUCCACACUGGCACGGCUGAAUCCGGCCAUUAUUACUCAUACACUCGUGAGCGACCUUCUGCAGGCUCUGCAUCAUGGGUUGAGUUCAAUGACUCGGAUGUAAGCCGAUUUGAUCCUUCGACUAUCGCAGAUCAGUGCUUCGGUGGCCAUGGCGAAACGAUGCAUUCCAUGGGUGGUGUUCACAUCAGCAAGGUCUGGAACGCUUACAUGCUGUUCUAUCAGCGUGUCUCGAUGAUGGACAAGUCGAAGGAGUUCUACCAGCCACUGAAGCAAAACUGUCCGGUGCGGGUACCCGUGCCAAUCGAGUUUGCCAACCACAUUGCCAUGGAAAAUGAGUUGUUCAUUCGAACUUACUGUCUUCUUGAUCCCUCUUACGCGUAUUUCGUUCAUCGUUUGCUUGAAACAAUGCGGGAGACGAACCUUGAUUAUGCGCACAGAUCGGAACUCGAGGUACUUGCCAUGGAGGUUGGGCUGGAUACUUUCGAGCAGCUGAUCUUGCGAACCAAAGAAUACCUGGGAGCGGAGAGUAUGGUCACUGAGCUAUAUCAAUUACUUCGUCGGAACCCACGUGCCGCUUUGCAGACGCUGAAAUGGACUUGUAGCAGGAACACUUCACUCCGCAAUAUCAUUCUGCGAAGUGCCAAUGGGGAAAUUCGACAGAAAGGAAUUAUGCUCCUGAUGGGAGCGCUCCAACGAUUACACUUGAUGGAUCCAGAGUUGGAUGAGAGUGAGCGUAUUCCCAUGAAGAGUCGAGCCCAACCGCUUAUUGAGCGCAUUGUCGAUAUGCUGCAGAGUCUAUGGCCUACGCUGCAGGGUGUCCCACGUGUCUGGGAAGAUUACUUCGAUUGUUUCAUCAAGCUUGCUGAGUGCGGACUAGAUGUCAUGGGCAUCUUGUUUGAUAAACGCAUAUUCAUUCGAUGUCUCGAAAUUAUUUGGUUCGACCAGGAUGACAGGAUGAAAUUGGAGCGGUUUUACCCCAAUUACAGCAGAAUGUUGGAGAAGGGACGUCGUUUCAUGUACUCGAAUAUGCUGAUGCUCUGCGCUCUUUUCUUUAGGAGCAUGGACUUCGCGCUUCGGGCAGUUCCAGACAAUGAAAUUCGCAAAGCAUCACCAGAUGGGAAGUUUCCGGUCAGCUACACUGAAAGCAGAUACAUCUGGCAAGUUGACGAUGAUGGCAAUGCCGGCUUCUUGCGGCAAUUACUCCAACACGAGAAUUUCGGUCUUCAAGAUUCUACUGUGGAUAUCUUUAGGAGCUUUGUGGUAGCAGAGCCCGAAGCGGGUUUCAUGGACCGUAUCAUCAAAUCUUUGGAGAUUGGUCUUCGACUAUCACCCGCGGAGCUCUGCGGUCCAUUCUUGGUUGCGGCCAUUGUUUUUUGUAAACACGCACCUGAAGUGGGAGAUGUCACUGGUAUGAUCGACUUCGUGGCCAAGGGAGUGACCACCAUCAAUAACAGUGGUGGUAUUGAUCACCUUGACUUUUUCACACAGCUUUCCAAUCAAGACGCGGUCAACGAGCGGCUGUCAUUGGGACCUGAGUGGUUCUCGGGCAUUGUCCAGCAGAGGAUCCCGGACUUCGUUCCGACCUUACUUGUUGAUCCUGAAAGAGUGGUCCGCCAACAGACAAUUGAAUUGACCAAUAGGCUCCUUUUCUCACUGGAUAGUGCGGAAAACAUGACCCAAGAACCCCGAUCUCCGCAUAUUGAGAUUGGCAGGCAGCUGGGCAAAGCCUGCGUACAAAAGAUCAACACUCUAUUCCUCGCUGGGCAAAUCGCAAGCGUUGAAUCCAGAAUGAUCUAUAACAUUACAUCAACCGUGACUCGUUGCUUGGAGAACUAUUUCGACCCCAACGAUGAAGAUGACCAACUCAUCAUACAGCAGGCAAACGAAACCCUCAACUUGCUCGAACAAAUCACAGUCGAUGUUCCCGACGAUUUUGUCUCAGAAUCCGAAAUGGCCUCACCUGAAGAGUGGGAGGCCACAUCUGCACUGGCCAGUGACUCUGAAAUGGGACUCGCGGGUUCCCCUUAG